AUGGAGAUACAGAUGGCUAGGCUUGCUUGUACAGCCCUGAGGCCUACGCGUGGAAUCAGUCUCGAAUAUGAAUCCGACGAUGAGAUCUCAGUCCUUGCCUCGCUUCAGAACCAUACGGAGGUCACCCCCAACUGCGAGGCCAGAAUACAGCCUCGAAUUAGGUGCCUUAUUUGCACUUCCACACGUGCUGGCUCGCCACUGGUACCCGGCGAAUGGCACCGGCCCUCAUCAUCCAACCAGACUGGUCCGCCCAGCGACCGUGGACUGAGCUGGCUUCUCCUCCGGGAUAGCCAUCAACAAAUGCCCGUCAAUGUCAGUUGGCAAUACUCUCAAUCCUUUCCAGAAGAAAACACUAAUUCGAUGUCAGACUAUCACGUAGGUGCAUUUGAAAACCAAGGGCUCUAUCUCUAUCAAACCCUGGAGAGUCGAAAUGGAAAUGGCACAUUCCUAGGCCCUUCUCGACCUCCGCCUCACCCAACAGUGGCAGCGCAUUGUCGGCGCGCGAGGCGUGAGCGGCGACGAAACAAGCGGACGCCGCCCAGCGGAGUCGGAACUCCACCCCGGCCCAGGGACGGAGCCCGAGGAGUCCUUGCAAGACGAGCGAGGGACGUCGCUGCAGAUGCCGAAGAACAAGCUAGGCCCACAAGCACAAUUAGGCUGGCUUGAUUGAACAGAGCGCCAUGCUCCUUUAUUGCUAAAAAAUCAUCCUACGGGUUUCUUAUAUCCCUUGAAUUGUAUCGGAGCUUGUGGACUCUAUUAUGCCCCCAAUUCCUUUUUAUUCGUAUUUUGUUUAAGUGAAAUUGUGAUCUUGUUACCCCAUAAAAACUGCCCGGAGCCAUAAGAGUUCUACCGGACUUCAAUCCAG